ACUCCCUUGAGAUACGUUCCUUUCCGGUGUCGAUGUGGCAUUUCCGUCUCGAUAACGUUCCGCUGCGAUGGAUUCGCUCACUGUCCGGACGGGUCAGAUGAGGCAGAUUGUCAGAGUGCCUCGGUUAUCGAAAGACCUCCCGCCAUGGUUCAAGUUCAAGUUGGCGAGUGGAUGAAUCUAACAUGCCGUGGAACGGGUGUACCGCCACCAAUCGUACGAUGGAAAAUGAAUGGCAAUGAACUGCUCGAUCCAGUCUGUGACUGGGUGUCGGAGGAGGGCGUUGGACACUUAUCCUGCCGGAUGCGAUUAAUAGAUGCGGGAAAUUAUUCCUGCCAUCUGGCACAUCCCCUUGGAAUGGUCAACGUACAACCGGUGACGGUGGCCGUGGUGCAGGGGAAUCCCUGUCCUAAAGGAGAGUUUCUGGCUGGAGACGAAGACAUCAAAUCCUGCAUGAAGUGUUUUUGUUCUGGUGUAUCUGACCUCUGCCAUAAAGCUCACAUUUUUCGAUGGAAUUAUACGAUGGCGUUGAACGAUUGGAAAAUGCGGUACGUAAUGUGGGAUGGAAAUGGCACAGUGGAAAUGGUGAAAACUAUCACCAAUUCUCACUCUCCCAACCGGUCACUAUACUACAGUCUUCCGUAUCGCUUCAUAGAAUAUCAAGUAAAAUCGUACGGAGGAUUCCUUCAUAUCCCAAUAGAACUAGACGACCCUCAAGAGGUCCCAGAUAUUAUUCUCAUGGGCUACAACAGAACGAUUAUUCACAGGAAUAGUAACCAUGAAGUGAUCAGCAAUGGAAUAGCUAAGAUUAAACUGCAUGAGUCACAUUUCGUUUACCUAAACGGAUCAUCAAUCGUUCGUACAGAGUUUCUUAUAGUGCUCGCAUACAUCGAUCAUUUCCUGAUCCGUAUGUCUCUCAAGCCAAGUGGACGUUAUGAACCAAGCGAACAGCUUAUCGUGAUGGAUUCUGCCAGUGACUAUCAGAGAGGUUUGGGCAAAGCGACCCACGUCGAAGAGUGUCGAUGUCCUGCCGGAUUCCGAGGCACUUCCUGUGAGCGGUGUGACUUUGGGUACAACCGAGCGUUUAUUGGACCACCGAUGGGGUUGUGCAUGCCCUGGGAGUGGCACAGGGCACGAUACGUUCCAAAGAGUACCACUCCAAGAACUUACCAUUAUGUUUGA